GCCUUGUCCCAGCAUUCGAGCGGGUUCGCGUUACAGAGUACAGACGCUCCGCGCGCGGCCCCCAGCUCCGUGCCGGCCAAUUCGUUCGGGCCGAGUGACAUGACGGUUGCUGUCACCGUCGCCGUCUCGUCCGCCUGCCCACACCGCGCGCGCUCCCUGCGGGAUGAGGCUCGUUGGACCAGAUGCGCAGCCACACCCGCGAGUCCGUGGCCGUCGACGUGGGCUCAAGGCACUUUGCCCCCCCUGCGGGCCAAAACGGUGACCAUUUCGACACUGCUACGGCGGCGUACGUAUUCGCUGAACCCCCGUUUCAGGAUCGCGGUGCACAGCCUCACGGCACGCAAAUUCCCCACGGCGGAUGGGAGGGGCCCCAAUCUGCGUAUCCGAAGUGGCUUGUUGUUGGCCCCCUUUGCUGGUUCUGCAGGAGGAUGGCCGCAGGAUCUCUCCAUGGCCAUUCCCGCAUCCGCAGCCCCUUGCACCAUCAUCAGAGACUCUCACUCGCUUUCUGGGUCGUCUUCGCUCUCGUAUUGUUAUUCGUCGUCCGACCUUGUCGCACGCAGCUGUCCAGCGUAAGAUUGGCCACUGCAAGUCACUCUUUCGAACGCGGCACCCUUCAAGACGCCCGUGCUUGCGUGGAAACUGUUCCGUUGAAGAUUCCGUCGGCGGAGAGCCGCACGGCCGAGGAAAGCACACCACCUGCGCCGCUGACAAAGUCUGUACCUCCUUUUCAAGCCCUGAAACGGGAUCGGCCUUGCUUGUCCGUUGCACUCUCAGGGCUGCCGUUCACUACCCGAGUCCCUCUUUAUACACGCAAGCUGGGCUUGCCUCUUGAUAUCAUCGCGACGUAGUGAUUUGGCUGUGGGCUAGAUCACUUAUACCACCAACCUUUGGCAUCGCAAGGCUCUUGGCGCUUGUCUGUGCGUGCUGCUGCGCGUACGGGACGCAGUGGCCAUGAAAGGCCUUGCAACAGCGGCGACGCUGGCGUCGGGGAUCAUUGGACAAAGCGUUGUCGCGCUCAGCGUAAAAGCGGAAGACAAUGCGUCGCUAAAGAGCGCCGCCAGCACGGCCGCGUACGGCCUCAUGAAGUACUACACAGGGAACAAUACUGGAGAUGUGCCGGGGAACCUGCCCGACCCAUACUACUGGUGGCACGCGGGCGCCAUGUUCGGCACGCUCGUCGAUUACUGGUUCUACACGGGCGACAGCACGUACAACGACGAGACUAUACAGGCAAUCGUCCACCAGGCGUCUGACACACAGGACUUUAUGCCCAAGAACCAGACCCGGACAGAGGGCAACGACGACCAGGGCUUCUGGGCCAUGACGGCCAUGUCGGCAGCGGAGAACAAGUUUCCCAACCCGCCGACGGAUCAGGCGCAAUAUCUGGCGCUCGCGCAGGCCGUAUUCAACCAGUACACACAACGGUGGGACGCGGACGACUGCGGGGGCGGGCUGCGGUGGCAGAUCUUUUCGUUCAACAACGGGUACAACUACAAAAACUCCAUCUCCAACGGGUGCUUCUUCAACGUGGCGGCGCGGCUGGCGCGGUACACGGGCAACACGACGUACAGCGAGUGGGCGAGCAAGAUCUUCGAGUGGGAGCAAAAGGUCGGGCUCAUGAGCGACAGCUUUGACGUGCUGGACGGGGUGACGAUUGCGACGGACAAGACGUGCAAGAGCAUCGACAAGGCGCAGUGGACGUACAACGCGGGCGUCCACCUGCACGGGGCGGCCAACAUGUACAACAUGACGGAGGACCAGGCGUGGAAGAAACGGGUGGACGGAAUCCUCAAGACGAUUCUGGAUCGCAUGGUCAAGAACAAGGUGGUGUUUGAGGAGUUUUGCGAGCCACGCAAGGGGUGCAACACGGACCAGCAGACGUUCAAGGGGUACCUGAUGCGAUGGCUGGCGCAGACGGCGGCGCUGGUGCCGUCGACGCGCGAGGCCAUCGCGCCGGUGCUGCGGGGCACGGCGCAGGCGGCAGGGGGCGCGUGCAGCGGGUCGCCGGCGCAGGGCUUCAAGGGCGCGGCGGGCACGGCGUGCGGCUACAGCUGGCUGGACGGCGGCGCCUUUGACGGCCUCGUCGGGGUGCCGUCGCAGAUGUCGGCAGUGGCGGCGUUGAUCGCGCCCCUCGCGGAGACGGCGCAGGGGCCCGUGACGGACAAGACGGGCGGCACCUCCAAGGGCAACCCGCAGGCCGGGUCGGGCAAGCAGGAGGACCCGCGCACGCAGAAGCCCAUCACGACGGGCGACAAGGUGGCCGCGGGGUUUGUGACGCUGGCUCUGCUGCUGGGGGUGAUUGGCUCGACGGCGUUUAUGGUCAAGUGAGGAAGAGGGGGAGGAGGAGGAGGAGGAAGAGGAGAGUGAGAGCCACUUCUCCCGGACUCGUUGGGAAGAAUUCGGGGCUCCCUCGGCCGAGACGCCGCCCUUGGCGUUGGCGCCUCGGGCUCUACGACACCGGGGAUUUUAUGACAAGAGAAGACCCCCGCAUGGCGUUCUGCAUCAACAGUCAGAACACGGUGCAAGCUCGGAGACUUUUUGCACAGGAGUUGGAGUCGGGUGGCUGGCUUUAUUUCAUGUGGUUUUCCAUCCCAUCAUGUACAUACAUUACCUAGAGGCAUAGAGAGGGCAAAGACGUGUACAUAGCAAGAUACCUACUUCGCUUCAUG